AUGAGUUCUACCUCAGAUCAGACUGCUGGCCUAACCGGCGUAGUGGCCGAUAAUGCUAUCUCUCCUGAGCGCCCUAUCCCGACGAUGAAAUCGCCUAUAGACGGAUCAGUUCUUGGCUAUGCUGAGGAUAAACCCGUGCAUGGUAAUGGCGUCAAAGAAAUGGCGCCGAUUGUCGAGCUGCUUGAGAAUGCAGGAGUGUCUUGCUGCAUGGUUGCCGAACCAGCGUUGAUCUACUAUGGGGCUGGACGGGUUAUGACGGUUUUCCUUCCCGGUGCCAGCCAUAUACAAUGGAUCGUCUGUGUUCCGGUUGAUAAACUGGUGCAAGCCACCGAGAUUAUGCUCCAGCACAAUGGUGUACUCGAGCCUUACCGAGCAUCCGCCCUAAGGAGGUUAUCAGUAUACGCCCAAAGUUUAUUGGAGACUUUGAACCUAGUAGACCUUGAUGAUCUUGUUGAUGGAAUGGAUCUGACAACUGAAUGGGGCGAAACGAAUUUGAAGUUGGAUGGCACGGCCGAUGCAGCAUGGGGUCGCUGGCGCGCUGAUUUCCUGAACAAUGGCGAAAAGGCAGAGGAUGGUGAUAUUCCGCAGUGGUGUUUCAAUCCUCCGAAUCUACUUGAAAUCUGGCAGGAAACAACCUCGCCAGAAGCAAAGCAGCACCGACAGGGUUGGAAGUAUCACCCUCGCAUGGCAACUCGGUUUCGAAGGCAUAACCAGAAGGAUCCACGGUUACGCACGCGGCUUUAUUGUUGA